GUACGCCGUUUUACAACGGAUGUACGCUUUGUGCUGCACGCUGAACUCCGCCCAGUAGCACGAGGCUGUGCUCACGAGCAGACAAGCAAACAACGGUAGUGAAAUAUAACGGCAGCGGCAACGUUUGUGCUCGCAUCUUACCUAGGAAUCUCUGCAAGCCAGGCUCCCCCCUUAGCAUCUGCCUAAAAAAGUGUUUUAGAAGUCACAAAAGGAAAAGACACAUCGAUCUCGUAAAUCUGGUGUACCGUCUUCUUCAACGGCGCAUUUGUGUUGUGCGUGGCAUUCGUAUUUACUGCUUUUUUUUUUUGGGUUUCUGCGGUGCCCGCUAACGUCUUUAUAUAUAUAGUUUCCGUAUCGCACGACACCACCACACGCUCAGCGUCUUAACGUUAGGAUCGAUUCGACUAGCCCUCUUGUAUUUGGUAGCAGUAGUACUCGUUGUAUAGUGUUUUGAUCGUUGGGCAGCGCUUAGAAAGGUCUGGAGCUGCGCCGCAACUCACUCAUUUCUUUUUUCUUCUUUUUCCCUCGUUUACCAUCAUUGGUACCUUUAAAAACAAAAGAGAAAGGCCUCUCUUUGAUGCUGUGUCGUCGCGGCAGCGACACAUACAUUUCUUGACUGUUUUGCUCAACCAAAUCCAAACCGAGUCGCGAUGAUGCGCCGCAGUUGCGUGCUCCUUAGCGGGGGCAUGGUCGAGUACCAUGAGUGGCACCUGCACGAACCGCUGCUGCAGAACUACGAGGGCUGGCGUAUUCUUGACAACCCAAAGUACGAGAACAAAUCGGACGCGUACAUCUACGAUCUCACGGGUAGCGUGCGCCACCUCGACCCCAUCAUCGACGACCCACGGCUGACGCACAAGCAGCGAGUGUGCCGCCUGUACCGCUGGGCGCUGAAGGAAUUACAGAUGUGGAUGAUCCAGCUCAACGCCCACAAGUUCAACCUCGCCUACAAAGUUGUCCGCCGGCGCUUCGAGAAAUACCGCUACGUCACGGAUCCCGCCACGUGUGAUAUGAUGGUGCGCCAGACCCAAAAGUACCUGCGCGACAACGCGAACUUCCAUUAUAUGCGGCGCAACAACAGCUCGCCGUGGAGCACGUACACCCUCGCCAAUCCGAUGUUCCACCCGGACAACUCGCUCGUCUACGAUCACUGGACGCACCCCGAGGUGAUGUGGUACGACGAUGCGAAGCUGCAUCGCUGGACGGCGCACCACCCAAUGUACGCCGGACCGGGUGAGGCGUCAGAGCGCUUUGGAGACAUGGACGUAGCGCCUCACCUGCGCGGCAUCACAUGGGCCAUAUUUUUAACCGUUUUUGCAUGGUGCUUCUACCAGCUGCUGGGCCUGCCGUCGCUGCGCGAAGAGAAGCACUUCGAGGAGUGGUCGAAGCAGUUCGAUCAGAAUUUGAAGGGCGCCAUCUACGCCGAGGAGCGCAACUCGCGCACGCGCAACAGCGUGCUCGGCAAGGACUGGGAUAGAGUUAUGGGCACCGUGCCCGGCGUGCCAGGCUACUACCUGAACGACAUUGGCUCUGUAGACCCCAACAACUACGCCAAGUAA